CACAUGAUAUUUGUUGUCAGUUUUGGUUUUCUUUCUGCAAACAAAGACUGGAAGAGGUGGUUCUAUGCCAUUGAGCAGAAGAAGAUGAUGCAUUCAAUUUUGUGAAUUGAUUCUCGGUAUUACUGGAUUUAUGAUAGAAAUCAGAGAUGGUUGGGAGGAGAAGUUCAACAGGGAACAAAAGGUCUCCCAUAGCUGCAGAACCAGCUCUUGCCAGCAGACCAAAGAGAAAUAUUUCACCCAAAACCUAUGAUAUCACCGCUGGAUUGUCUUGGAAAGAAGAACGAGAACUAAAGAAAGCACUGUAUGCAUCAUUACAAGAAUCAAAGAGACCUUCAACCCCCAGACCAGGAAAUGAUACGCCAACUGAAUCAGACAAUCCUGACAAUGCAAGAUUUAGACCAAUCAAAAUUAAGAAGACAUUGUCCAGGAGGACCAGAAGUUCCAGUUCGAGUGCACCCUCUACCCCCGUGACAACCUGUCAGUCAGUGAGCUGUGUGGAUGAAACGAGUCAGGAGUCAACCAUGUCAUCAGUCACUAGUGUAUCAACUCUUGACUCAAAGAAAACUAAGGUCCGUGCUCAGAGGAAGUUUGCUAUGAACCAGCCAAACAACAUUCAGACCAAUUCCAGUACAAGUGUCCCAUGCACAGAAACAGGUGUCACAUCAACGUCGAAGACCGGCGAGAAGACGUCUUCUACUAUUGUUUUCCCAAAGAGAGCAAAGACAGAAGAUUUUCUGACCUUUCUUUGUCUCAGAGGUACACCUCUUUUGCCCCCUCAUUUGGACUUUUUUAACUACAGUCGCUAUGACAACAGUCUGACCAAUGGCCGUAAUGGUAGAGACACUUCUCCCUCGUCCUCCUCCACCAGCCUCAGUAAUGUGACGGAGGAUCACACGUUUACACCGGUAAAUAAGUUCACCACUCCAUGUAAGAAGGCUGCCCGGGCCAGUGCUGGCACCCCUGAGACUUGUCGUGGACUGGCAGGAGUGAAGCGGAUGGACAAGUCUCCAAAAACCAAGUCCCCGCUGGCCCGCCGAGGAAGGCCAGCUAGAUCCCUGAACAUCACACCAGUAAAAGUGUCACCCUCCAAAGAAAGAUUGCCAGCCAAAGUGCUCAACACUAGGCUCGAAAAAAGAGGGCUCGGAAAGGCAAGGCUGGCCUCCAAACGGAAAGCAGUGGCCACCCUUACCCAUCGAGCAUCACCUGCCAAACUCAAAGCCCACCCCACAGAGGAACAACAGAAUGAGCGUGAUAAGGUAACAGAUGGUGUAGGGUGUCGUGACUCAGUAGUAUGUAGUGUGCAUGGUAGAAUUGGGGAUGGCACAAGUAAGUGUGUGGAAUGUUCACCCGUGUAUAGUUCUCACAUAGAUGCUUCUCUCGCCAGCUUCUGUAUGUCUAACCAUCUGCUUCCUCUUGUUCCCUCCAACCUCUCCCUACUCCACAAGGAACACAUCAAUCCUCAGCUGUACCCUGCCUGGCAGGGAGAUAUUGUGGGUAGGAAAAAAGAAAAUCCCUCACAAAUACUUACUGAUCACAACCAAGAGACUUUGCCAUCAGAAGCUAUUCAGGAUGACCAAAUAACAAGGGAUUCCAUGUUGUAUGCCAAUAUGCUACAUGAUAAGAAAAAAAGUUGUGAAAUGAUGGCAACUCCCCUUUCUGCUGAUGAUGUUCAGUUUGCCAUAUCUGCUGUUCAGGAUUGGAAGACAGAAGCAGAGGACCAACAAGACAUUUGUGUCACGAAUCCACCACUAUUGUCAGCAAAUCAGAUAGAAGUGUUGGCUUAUAAGGUACCCACAAUCAUGGAAGAACAAGUAGCAUUUGCUGAAGAGAAGUUACUAGAAGCCAGCCUUGGUACCAGAGGACAAGUUUGUCCUCAGGAGGAAAAUUCCCCUCUGCUGAUACAGACAGAUAACACAGCAGACUUGGUUCAACAUAAAGAGCAGCAACUCAAGGAUGCUGAAAACCAAAACAGCUUACCAGCAUUAACUGAAAUGUUUAUUCCAGAAAACCAAGACAAUUAUCAGUCAACAACAGCUCUCCCUAUGACGGAAGCAAACACGACAGGAAAAGUUGUUGAGUCCUAUUCCUCUCCUCUUGGGGACAGGUUUUUAUUGAAUCCAGAGUCAAAUUUAUGUGAAGUUUAUCGAGACCAGUUGUAUGAUACACAGAAGUGUCAAAAACCAUCAGAGCAGAUACAUGAGCUGAAUUCAGAGAUAGUUACAAUAAAGGCGGCAAAUGCUAAUAGCAAUAUUCAAGGUGACAGUGUUUUCCUAAGUCAACAAUCUACAAACACAUGUAUCAGUAAUUUCAAUUCACCUCGCACUAAAAAUCUUAUUGAUUAUGGUGAAUAUGAUACUCCCCUGGACUUAAGUUUACCAAAAGAAUCAAACCAUAAAUCACAAUCUUUAGAGCAAGGAUCAGAGCUUGUUGUCCAAGAGUUAAAUAACAAUAUCAGUGUGUGCGAUCUAGAUGUUACUCGCAUUACACUAAAUUCUGGAAAUGUUCCUCAAUUUCUCAAAAAAGGCACCACCACAAUAAAGGUAGAAGAUGACAAAAUAAUCAUCAAACACCAGUCUAACCGAGAGCCUAAUGACGAAGGUUGUACUGAGGGCCAGGGUGUCAACCUGAAGGUCAUGAACAAGUGUGUGGAUAAAAGAAAGGUCAAGGUCAUCGUGCCAUGUUCUAUCAUUAUUGGGAAUUCUUCCCCGAAAGUGUCUGUCAUAAACAGCAACAACUAUGCUGCCAUACAAGAACUGCCUUCACCACAAUUUAGAAGAAGCAGUGAAGAUCAGACAAUUUCACUUGGUCAGUACUCGGACAUUGCAAACCAGAUUAAACAGGAGGUAACAGAAGAGCCUGAGCAGAUGGAACCACUCACAACUGGGAGUUUGACCUUAAAGAAACCUUCAAGGACAAAAUUAGAUGCCAUACAGCUGGGUAGUAAUGUCUUUUCUCGUCCUUCAGAGAGGCCGCGGUUUGUCUGGAAGAGUAGCAAAUUACCAGUCUUUGAUAUCAUGCAGUCUUCUGGAGAGACAAACCUGUUCUCAAAAUCUAAGACACAGCGAUUUACUGAUAGUUCCAAGGAAGAAUCCCCCAUUGGCUCUCCAAAACAAUUAAUGCCUGAUCUACUACAGAAUCUCAGUAGCAGUCAGAGCUCUAGAAGUAAGAGGUGGAAGAGAUCUCCAUCCACUGCCAUAACUACAAUUUCUAGCAGUCAGUACUACAGUACUUACGCCAGCAAGCCAUUUCUUCUGCCCGAGCAGGUCCAAAAGACAACAACAAACAAUAGAAUUGGUUAUCCAUUAGAUGAUGAGAAAAAUAACAUUGAUAUUCCAUCAAACGAGAAGACAUUUGGAGCAGAGUUUACCUUUAGAGUUGAUAGUUAUAAGGAAUGUCUGAGCAGCAUGACCCAGGCUGAUUAUAGUAGUCAGGCUGAAUACAAUAGUAAUCCAUCUUCUACCCGGCAGUGGCCUCCAACUGGGUUGAAACAGUGCAUGCAUCCCGAGAUUCCUGACCAGAACAACAAUACCCAGGACACAGAAGAAAAUGGAGAAUCAUCAGAGGAGGAUAGAGAGGAGGAUAAGGAAUUUGGGGGAAGGACCCUAAGACUGCGAGACCCAGAGAGCCCAGUGAAGUCCCUGCGGUCUGAAGCCCAGCUGUCACCCCGCGAAGUCUCCACCAGCCUGACAGAGAUACCCACGUUUUAUCCAACAGAGGAGGAGUUUCAGCGCCCCCUACAUUAUAUACAAAGCAUUGCUCCCCGGGCUGAGCCCUUUGGAAUGUGUAAAAUUAUCCCUCCUUCUAGUUGGAAGCUGGAAGGAAAGAUCAGUGAAGAUACCAGGUUUACAUCACAGAAACAGUUCACCCACAAACUGUACAAAAGAUUUGGUCCAAAUGUGGAGAAGUUAGAGUGUAUCAGAAAACACAUGGAGGUCUUAAAUCCAGAUGAACAGUUCCAGAUUCCAGAGAUUGGUGGUGUGGAGCUGGACAUUUGUGAUCUGGAUAGAACCAUCCAGGAGUGUGGGGGAAUGAGGCACGAGGUGGAGAAGAAGAAAUGGGCCCGGGUGGCGGACACCAUGAAUGUCCCAAAAAUGGCACAGGACCGCGGUACUAAGCUGUACGAUGCUUACUGUAAAUUUCUGCUGUCCUACAAUGACUUGAAUGCAGAAGAAAAAUCAAAACUUCAGAGCCAGGUCAAGGCUGAAAGAAUGAAGGUCAAGAGGGAAGACCAGGAGGAGGACUGUAUCAUCAAGGGAAAGAACAUGUCACUGGGGCGGUUUAUACAGAUGGCCAGAAACACAGCUUCCCACCACCAGAGGGAGCUCUCUUUGUCCACAGAGGAAACGGAGAAACAGUUUUGGGAGAUAGUCCGCAAUAGAAGCAGACAUGUAGCUAUACAUGGUGGCCAUGUUGAUACCAAAACUCAAACCUGUAGUCUGUUCCCAGUCAAAAAAGAGAACCAGUAUUCAAGGCAUCCCUGGAAUUUGAAUCUCCUCCCACAACAUCCUCUAUCUCUGCUGAAGUACCUAGGACCUGUACCUGGAGUAACGGUCCCCACUCUACAUGUGGGCAUGCUCUUCACUGCCUCCUGUUGGUCCACCGACAUCCAUCAUUUACCCUACGUCCAGUAUCUACACGGCGAGGCUGAUAUUGUGUGGUAUUCUGUCCCAUCUCAAGAAGAGGCCAAGUUUAAAUCUGUGAUGAAGGAACUCAUUCCUACCCUAGUCAGCAAUUCACCACGGUGGCUCAAAGAGGACACGGCCAUGGUGCCCCCUGAGAUCCUCCUACAGAAGGGUGUACACUUAAGCCGCUGUGUGCAGUCGCCCCACCAGUUUGUGGUGGUCUUUCCCCAGUCCUACACAGCCACCAUCAGCUGUGGGUACACACUCGCCGAGUCCGCUCACUUUGCCACCAAGGACUGGAUUCAACUCGGCCUUAAAACUGCUACGACUCUGCAGAUGUGUAAGGAGCCUGAAUUAUUCUCCAUGGAUGAACUGAUUUGUCAAAUAAUGGAGGACACCACGGCAUCAUCUGAUCUUCUCAGGACCAUCAUUCCUUACUAUGAACAAAUUCUACAGAGAGAGUUGUCACACAGGAGGAUGCUCAGUGACCUUGGAGUGACCUUGGGAAGGAGGAUGGCAACACCCACCCACACUCGUCUGAGUCAGUCAGCCUCCCGGCGAGCCUCCUUAGACUCAGAGGAGGUCACAACCCGGUGUGAAGUCACCAAGAAAAUCUGUUAUCUCUCACUGCUGAUGAACUCAACCACUGAUCAGACAUACUGCUUGGAGCAAGGGGUGCUACAGGCACAGAAAAAGAAAAAGUCCAAGUUCUGUUUAAUCUAUCGGUACACAGAGGAGGAACUGAAAAAGAUUAUGGAGGAUGCUAAAACCAGACUAACUGCUUUGUCACCUCCAGAGCCUGCUCCUGUGCAGAGGAGAAAAUCACGAAAAUCCGAGUCUUAAAUGCUACAGAGAUCUUAUGACUUAAUGCUUUUACACUGGAGAAAGUCAUGAAAAUCAGAAUCUUAAAUUAUGACUUACCUAAUUCUUUUACUGAGGAUAAUGUCAGGAAAGUCAGAUUCUUCAAUGUUUUGAGAAUCUUAUGACUGAAUGCUUUUUCAAGGAAUCGGAACUUUAAGUUUACAAAUGCAUUAGAUUGAAAUGAAGGCUAUAUCAUAAACAGGAUAAUGGAACAAAACUGUUCCUUUUGCAUGCUGUGUGUUUGUAGAUACAGCUUCUGAAAGUAAGUGUUGUCUAUGUUCUGUAGUUUGUAAACUAUUGGUGGAUUCUAUGGCUGUGGAUUUUAAAUCUGCAUUCGAGUGUCGAAUACCAUUUAAGUGGAGCCGUUUUCAGCGGAGAAAUGAAAGUUUUUAUAUACCAGUAACUGGUACAUAUUUUUAAAAGCAUUAUUUACAUGAUCAAAUUCAUUGUACAUUCAUAACUGAAACCUUUGCUUUAAAAGCAAUUUUUUACUCCUUUAUACUUGCACCCUGAAUUUUCUACCAUUUUAUGUAUAUAUAUUGCCUUAAAGAUGAAAUCUUUUUUUAUAUAUGAAUAAUACAUGUGUAUCUACUGUUUAGUGUAUUUUAUCCAUUGUAAACCAGUACCAUACAUUAUUUAAUGAAUGAAUGAGCAUGCUAUAUAUUAAUGUAGAAAUGUUUUGUAUUUUUUCAUUUCAUGAGUUGUUUGUUUCAUCUAAAUCUUAAGUACAGCAAAACCUUCUUGUAACAAGUUUUAUUUUAUAUUAUGCACACUGACAACAAACAGUCAAGACCCAUAUCAUUCUGUCAAUUAAUAUUCUUGCAAUUCACUCUCAGAAUGGAAUCUUCCCUUGAUUGCAGAUAUUCUCUGCAGGAAAAAGUGUCUGGCAUGAUUUUUAUGCAAUAUCUUUUUCUUUGAAAAUGAUGUGAAAACCAUGCAAAUUUCACAUUAUAUGAAAUAUAUUUGAGCCACUCUUGCCUACUUAGCAAGUAAUUUUCAGUGUUCAGAGAGGCUCAAUGUUAUGAACACCAAUGGUCACUUAUUUGUAUACUUUUAUAUGAUUUUUUGUGCAUCUUUAAAAUACUGCUUCUGGGGAAUCAAAUUCCUUAUAAAAAUGAUUUUAUUCAUCCAGAACAGUGAAGGGGCACUCUAGCAGAACAGAAGCCAAAAAUCCAAACACCUUUUCUACCAUGUGAAUUGAAAUGGUUUUCAACAUAUAUGUAAAUUAAUGUAAAAUUAGUAGAAUAUAAAGUUCAUUUUUGUUACCAGGGUAAUACAGAUGAAUUGGUUGAAAACAAGAAAAUCGGUAUUGAUAAGACUACACUUUUUAUAUUAAAAAAUUAUGUACAAUUUCACAAAUAUGUUUUUAAUAGCAAGUGCCCCCAACAGUAACUGCAUUCUCUCCAAAGUGCAAUGUUGUCAAUGUGAUAAUGUCAACAAAUAAAAUGCUGCUAGCAAAA